AUGUUACUACCUAAAUCGUUGCUCAGUUCCCUGGGACGUGUUUUCUUUUUCGCGAGCAUGUAUCAAGAUUUUAUUACGGGAAUAGAUCGCGCGGAGGAAAAUUCUGAACGAGGGGCUCAGCUUGACAGAGAUUGCCACAAAUUAGAUGACAAAAUUCUGCAAGAUAUAUUCGACCACAUCGAUAGUAACAAAGAUAAUUAUAUUGAAGAGUUAGCGGAAGCCGUAAGGCUCCCGAGUAUUUCCGCGUUUCCCAAAAAUUACCCGGAACUCGUACGCGUGGUUGAAUGGUCUCAAAAUAAAUUCAGGAAUAUGGGCUUCACGUCCGACGCCAAAUUUUUGAAUUACAAAGUUAAGCGGGACAAGAAGAAAAAGUCCACUCUCCACAAACAUUUUAACAAACUGCGCCACAAGGGAGAAUCGCUGUUCCCAACUUUCGGACCUCCUUUCCUGUUUAGCACUUUACCGCGCUCCGGAUCUGUAUCAUCUAACAACAUAACUCUCCUCGUGUACGGUCAUUUGGACGUAGUACCGGCGCACGAAUCCGACGGUUGGACAUCGGACCCAUUCGUAUUGACGGAAGUUGGCGAUAACUUUUAUGGGCGCGGUGCAACCGAUAACAAGGGGCCUAUUCUGGCGUGGAUGAAUGCCGUUAGAGCUUUGAUCGACCUGGACAUCUGCGUACCCAUGAAGAUAAAAUUCUUCUUGGAAACAACGGAAGAAUCGGGAUCCUUUGGGUUAAGAAGGAUCCUAAAGCAGGAGAAAGGAUUUUUCGAAGGAACAGAUUACGCCGUGAUAUCCGAUAAUUUUUGUCCCAAUACAGAAACUCCUUGUUUGACCUAUGGACUAAGGGGAUUGAUCGAAUUUUACCUGCAAAUUCAGAGCGCAUCGCGGGAUCUCCAUUCGGGAGUUUACGGCGGUUCCGUCCACGAAUCGAUGGCCGAGCUCGUAGAAAUCUUGUCCGAGUUGAGCAACGCAACAUCCGGUCGCAUAAAAAUUCCUGGGGUCUACGACGAUAUCGAUUCCUUGACCGAAGCCGAAAUCAAAGCGUACACCAAUUUCAAUUUUAAUUUGGAGGACUAUAAAGAAUCUGUGGGAUCUUUGGGGCCCCUGUUACAUUCCUCAAAAUUAGAAGCCCUGUCCCAUAAAUGGAGGGAGCCAUCUUUAAGCAUACACGGUAUCGAGGGGGCCUUUUCAGAACCUGGCACCAAAACUGUUAUACCGCACAAGGUUAUAGGUAAAUUUUCGAUUAGACUCGUUCCCAGUCAAAAUAUUAGAAAGGUAAAGAAAAACGUGAUCAGUUAUGUAACAAAGUUACACGAGGAAUAUAGAACUAACAAUUCUCUCAGCAUAUUUACCGAGGACGAGUUUGACCCAUGGCUAACAAACUACAAGUCUAAAAAUUUUGAAUUGGCAUCAGAAGCUUUGAAAAGAGUGUACGGAAGGUACCCGGAUCUCACUAGAGACGGUGGUACAGUUCCAGCGGCCCUUUACUUAUCGAAAUAUCUGAAGGAUCCAAGUAACGGUUUAAUACUGAUUCCCCUAUCCUACGCCUCGGAUGGAGCUCAUUCGCAACACGAACAUAUCAACAUCAAUCGCCAUAUCAUGGGUAUAAAAAGUUUAGUCUCUUACAUAUACCAACUCUCCGAGCACCAUUCCCUUUCCGGUUAA